UGAGAGGACACUCCCCAAGUCCCCAGUUGGGGGCUCCGUGUAGACCUGGAGCGAACAACCCCUCCUUCCCUUCAUGAUUCGUGUGUAGCACAGUGGCGAUGGAUGAUGAGGAUGGGAGAUGCUUACUAGACGUGAUUUGUGACCCGCAGGCCCUCAAUGAUUUUUUACAUGGAUCCGAGAAGCUCCAUGUCCAAGAAGCCUCUGGCAACCACCUGACCCCCGAGCCCAGCCAGCCGGCACCCAGCGUGGACCUCGACUUCCUGGAAGAUGACAUCCUGGGCUCGCCUGCUGCGGGGGGCGGCGGUGGCGGGGCUGGCGGGGGCGCGGACCAGCCCUGCGACAUCCUGCAGCAGAGCCUGCAGGAGGCCAACAUCACUGAGCAGACCCUCGAGGCGGAGGCCGAGCUGGACCUGGGGCCCUUCCAGCUCCCCACCCUGCAGCCGGCGGACGGCGGGGCAGGCCCGGCGGGUGCCGGUGGGGCGGCCGUGGCUACGGGGCCCCAGGCCCUCUUCCCAGGUAGCGCUGACCUGCUGGGGCUGCAGGGGCCACCCACCGUGCUGACUCACCAGGCCCUGGUGCCGCCCCAGGACGUGGUCAACAAGGCCCUGAGCGUGCAGCCAUUCCUGCAGCCUGUGGGCCUGGGCAACGUGACGCUGCAGCCGAUCCCGGGCCUCCAGGGCCUGCCCAAUGGCAGCCCCGGGGGCGCAACAGCUGCCACUCUCGGCCUAGCACCCAUCCAGGUGGUGGGCCAGCCUGUCAUGGCACUGAACCCGCCCACCUCGCAGCUCCUGGCCAAGCAGGUGCCCGUCAGCGGCUACCUAGCCUCGGCAGCUGGCCCCUCGGAGCCCGUAACCCUGGCGUCAGCUGGCGUCUCCCCGCAGGGGCCAGGCUUGGUGAUCCAGAAGAACCUGUCGGCCGCUGUGGCCACCACACUCAACGGGAACUCGGUCUUCGGGGGCGCGGGGGCCGCCACGGCCGCGGCCGGUGGGGCACCCUCGGGGCAGCCGCUGGCGGUAGCCCCCGGCCUGGGCACGUCGCCACUGGUGCCCGCUCCCAACGUGAUCCUGCACCGGACGCCCACGCCCAUCCAGCCCAAGCCCGCCGGCGUGCUGCCCCCCAAGCUCUACCAGCUGACGCCCAAGCCCUUCGCGCCGGCGGGUGCCACGCUCACGAUCCAGGGCGAGGCGGGGGGCCUCCCGCAGCAGCCCAAGACACCCCAGAACCUGACUUUCAUGGCGGCAGGCAAGGCGGGUCAGAAUGUGGUCCUGUCGGGCUUCCCAGCGCCCGCCCUGCAGGCAAACGUCUUCAAGCAGCCCCCCGCCACCACACCAGGCACGGCGCCGCCCCAGCCCCCCGGGGCACUGAGCAAGCCCAUGAGCGUCCACCUGCUGAACCAGGGCAGCAGCAUCGUCAUCCCUGCCCAGCACGUGCUGCCCGGCCAGAACCAGUUCCUGCUCCCUGGCGCCUCCACCGUCCAGCUGCCCCAGCCGCUGUCUGCCCUGCCGGCCAACGUGGGCGGGCAGAUCCUGGCGGCUGCAGCGCCCCAUGCCGGCGGACAGCUCAUCGCCAACCCCAUCCUCACCAACCAGAACCUGGCCGGCCCGCUGAGCUUGGGGCCCGUUCUGGCCCCGCACUCGGGAGCCCACAGUGCAGCCCACAUCCUCUCGGCCGCCCCCAUCUUCCAGAUGCCUGUGUCCCUGGCCGCCAGCAGCCUGCCCACCCAGAGCCAGCCGGCCGCCGCUGGCACUACCGUCCUCCAGGGUGUCACCCUGCCGCCCAGCGCCGUGGCCAUGCUCAACACCCCUGAGGGCCUGGUGCCCCCAGCCACGCCCGCCCCCGCCCCUGCUGGGGAAGCCACCUCGGUCCUUGCCACGCAGGCCGUCCCCCAGGGGCCCCCCGCCGUCAGCACGCCGCUGCCUCUGGGCAUCCAGCAGGCCCCGGCCCCGCAGGUGGCGGCCCCCCCUCGGGCCAUCACCCCCCAGCCCAGCCCGGGCCUGGCAUCCAGCCCCGAGAAGAUGGUCUUGGGACAGCCGCCCCCCACCGCCCCCACUGCCAUCCUCACUCAGGACUCCAUGCAGAUGUUCCUGCCCCAGCGCAUCACCAAUACGCCCCCAGGGGUCCUGGACGAUCGCGGGUUUCUGGGCAUCGUGCAUCUCACUUCACCUGGACCCUGCCCGAGUGCACUCUGUGUGGGAAUGAGUGAGACAGACGGGGGCCCCCGCUGCCCCACGUCUGCCCCAGCUGAAGGGAGAAGGGGGUGGUCAGGACACCCAGGGAAGGAAGGCUUCUUGGCCACAACCCGACUGUCUGUCUCCUCCCAGUACGAGAGCAAGUUGAGCAGCUUGAAGAAACCACUGUCGCUGCAGCCCAGCAAAGAAGCCUGUUUCCUGGAGCAUUUGCACAAACAUCAGGGCUCCGUCCUGCACCCCGACUACAAGACAGCCUUCCCCUCCUUCGAGGAUGCCCUCUAUCGCCUCCUGCCCUACCACGUCUACCAGGGUGCCCUCCCCUCCCCCGGCGACUACCACAAAGUGGACGAAGAGUUCGAGACGGUCUCCACGCAGCUGCUGAAACGCACCCAGGCCAUGCUGAACAAAUACCGCCUCCUGUUGCUGGAGGAGUCCCGGAGGGUGAGCCCCUCGGCUGAAAUGGUGAUGAUCGACCGCAUGUUCAUUCAGGAGGAGAAAACCACUCUCGCCUUGGAUAAACAGCUGGCCAAGGAGAAGCCAGGUAAGAGGGAGAGGGGAAAGGGUCCCCGGCCCCGCCGCCUUACCACGUUGCACCACGAGAGGGCGCCUGCUGCUCUCCGGAGCCGCGAACUGCUUGGAGGUCAGCAGUUCCAGCCCACCCUCCGCCACUCAGGAGAAAGAUGAGGCAGACUGCUUCCGAUUGAAACCCUAUGGGGCUCUCUGCGCUGUCACAUAGAGUCGCUGUAGGUCGAAUGGCCUAGAACGGGAGAGAGGCCCGUUUGGAGAUUUAUCACAUCCUUCACAGGCCAUACUGGUCAGACAUUAUAAUUGACUCACUCCCAUGAGACGGCUGCAACUGUGGUGUUAGCUGGUAUUGAUUUUGCGGGCCUUUUGGACAUUAAGUUCUCAACUGUGAACCAGAAGGUUGGCAGUUCAAACCUACCCUUCUCCUGGAGAAGAGCCCCAGUAUCUCACAACCACCCCACCACCCUGUAGCAUCGACAGCCUAGGCAUCCCCAUGAGACGUCCGUACUCGGACCGCGCCAGUGGCAUCCAGCAGGAAGCACACAUUUCCGCUGCGAUUCUGACAUCCAGCGAGCCACAAAACGUCUUCCAUUUCCAGAGGCUGUUAGCACAAAGCCCCAGAGAACUUAGUGUCCCGGUGAACCGUCUACUCUGUGCAUGGCCAAAGUCCCCAGCCCCGCCCACUGGGGCAAGCAGUCCAUUUGGAAUUUAAGCACCCCGUGGGAGUCGGUUCUGACUCCUGUGACCCCAGU